AUGCAGUUGGCGGCGUUGGCCACGACCUUGCGUGCCGAGUACCAAAUUCACAUCGCCGCUGUGACGACGACGCUGCAGCAAGAACACCAGAAAGCCUUGGCUGCCUCGACGGCCAAGCUGUCCCAAGAUCACUCGAUUAAAGAGACGGUUCUCAUCUCCGAGAUCACGAAGCUGGCCGCCCAGCGGGACGGCAUCCUCGAGCGUGCUCAGACCAAGUGCGACCUUGCAAAGUCCAAGACGGCCGAACACGACAACGCGGUCCGCCUCCGCGAUGCUACACGCACCAUCCAGAGCAUGGGCGAGCGCACCCAGAUGCUCCAAGCGGACCCGGACGGGCAUGCGCUACGGUCGCUUGGCGAAGCGUCGGCGAAGGAUGACGCCUCCUUGGUCUUGCAUCAUGAACGCAUCAAUGAACUACUGGGUCCGCUUGCCAUGGCUGAGUCGGCGGCUUGCAGCGCCCAGCUCCUUUACAAAGUUGCGAUCGAGACCAAGGAAGCGGCCCUCCGCCAGCUUCAAGCGCAUCUUGACAAACACGUCCAACGAGCGCAGCUGCGCGGUGGUGCAGUUCACCCGCUCCAGCGUGCUGUGAUCACCAAGGACGAGCUUCUGGCUGCACUCAAAAGUCAAAGUCCGUGA